AUGGCCUAUGCUGCAGCUGGCAUGCCUACCUCUCCAGCUACAUCUGCAACUGUGGACAUAACAAAAGAGCUGAAUGGUCUUCGCCGCUCGCACUCCAGCAAAGACCUAUGCACACAUUCUAUUAUUAUCCGGCGGUCUUAUUCUGACAAUCAUCUAUGUUGCUCCAUCAAUCGCAUACAAGCCACAUCAGUGCAACCAGAACUUAAGAACAACCGAUCAAUGGGAAUUUCUCCGUUUCAAUUUCCGAGUUCCAUUUUUCCAAAUUCUCUACGUUCCUUCUUAUUUUCCCCAGAAACAAGCAAGGACAUGGAUAUGGGGGAGAAGGGUGUAGAUAUUAAAGAAAACACGGUGGAAAGCAGUGAAGAAGAGAGAGUAAAUAGAGCCAACUGGGUACAGAGGCUUAUGGAAAUUAAGAAACAUUGGAGAAACAGACUACCAAAAGAAAGCAUGGAUCCGGAUAUGACAUGCAACAUGUAUGAUGAAUGUGAUUGUGAUGAUGACAAUGUUUGUGUGGUGGGUUAUGAAGAAGAAGAUGAGCAAGAAGUGACAUAUGAUCGUGACUCAUUCUCGAAAUUUCUGGUUCAAGUGCCAUGGUCUGAUACCAAACUAUACUCUCAGCUAGCCUUCCUGGGCAACAUGGCUUAUGUAAUACCACAAAUCAAGGCUAAGGACUUAAGGAGAUACUACAGCCUUCAAUUCAUAACAUCUUCUUUAGAGAAGAAAGCUGAAGUGGCCAAGUUAAAAGCCAAACUUGAUCAGGACUCCACUCGCGUUCCUAUAUAUGACUCGGUAGACUCUCAAGAUGGCUUAGAGAAAGGAAAAGAUAAUGAACAGAAGGAUCAAAUCAGGCUUGCUUAUGAUAUUGCUGCCUCAGCUGCCUCUUAUGUCCAAUUGCGAGAGGCAGAAGGAACUUCACGGGAUUAUAAAUCAGAGGUUGCAGCUUAUGUGGCGGCGUCAACAAUGACUGCUGUGGUUGCAGCAGGAGAGAGGGAAAAGCAGGAAGCAGCUGAGGACCUCCAGUCGCUUCAUUCCUCACCUUGUGAAUGGUUUGUUUGUGAUGAUUCCAGCAAUUAUACUAGAUGCUUUGUAAUUCAGGGGUCAGACUCCCUGGCAUCUUGGCAAGCAAACCUCUUCUUUGAGCCCACCAAAUUUGAGGGCACGGAUGUUCUUGUUCACAGGGGAAUUUAUGAAGCUGCAAAAGGAAUAUAUGAGCAAUUCAUGCCGGAAAUAAUGGACCAUUUGAAAAGACAUGGGGAUCGUGCAAAGCUUCGAUUCACAGGGCACUCCCUUGGGGGUAGUCUAUCUCUUUUGGUUCAUUUGAUGCUAUUGACUAGGAAUGUUGUCAGUCCCUCAACUCUAUUACCAGUAGUGACUUUUGGCUCACCAUUUGUAUUCUGUGGAGGCCGAAAAUUAAUCGAUGAGCUAGGCCUGGAUGAGAGCAACAUCCACUGUGUGAUGAUGCAUAGAGAUAUUGUUCCCAGGGCUUUCUCCUGCAAUUACCCUGACCAUGUAGCUGUAGUCCUUAAGCGCUUAAACAGCACAUUUAGGUCACAUCCUUGUUUAAUGAAAAACAAGCUAUUGUACUCACCAUUGGGUAAAAUAUUCAUUCUCCAACCCGAUGAGAAGACAUCUCCUCCGCAUCCUUUACUCCCCUCGGGAAGUGCCUUCUAUGCCCUGGACUAUACAAGAUGUGGAUACUCUCCAAGUGUUCUUAGAAGCUUCCUCAAUCAACCACAUCCCAUUGAAACACUUAGUGAUCCAACAGCAUAUGGUUCAGAAGGCACAAUCCUAAGAGACCACGACUCGAGCAACUACCUCAAAGCUGUCAAUGAAAUCUUAAGACAACAUUCAAAGAUUCUUGUUCGCAGAGUAAGGAAGCAAAGGAUUAACGAAUUGUGGCCACUGCUGACUUCACCAUCUCCACACUCGUGGAGCCAUGAGCAGAACUUGGAGAAAUACAACUUGAUGACAAAGGAGAUAGUGACGGGGGUCUAAAAAGCCUUUCUUGCGAGGUUCCUACAGAUCUUGAUAAAAUUAAAUCAUGAAAUUAAUUAGUUAGCGAUGUACAUCAUUUUGUUUUUAAGUACAUUUCUAAACAUCUA